UUGAACAGUGUAGCUCAUGAAUCUAGUACACAUAUUAUUUUACUUCCGGACGAAUCCAAAUUUUAAAGAGUAAUUCUGACGACCGCUGCGAUAAGGCAACAAUUGAGAAGAAGUAAACAAACAAACAAAAAACAUCGAAUAAAAACUAUGUCGGACACAAUUGCAAAGGUUAUUUACGGUACUCUUCUGCUGGCGUUGAUUAUUCACACGCCAAAGGUAUCCAUACUGAUUACGUUGGACGCGAAUCGGUCACAUCAGUUCCAUGCGGCCAUCAAGGGCUUCCGGAAGAGCAUUCUACUUGCGGCGCUGUUCACCAUGCUGGCAGUGCUGCCCAUUCAAGAAUUCAAUGGCAUUAUCAAGCCUGGCAAGAAGUUGUUUGUGCUCCUCGUGAUGCCCUGGGUAUCCACCUGUUGCCUGAUGUUCGUGACCAACUCGUUACUAUUGUUUAAGAUCACGGAACGCACCCUGGUCUUGAGCUCCUGGCACUGCUUCGCCAAGGCCCUGAUGGUCUACUGCAUACUGUUCGGUUUCGCCACCGAGCAGAUAAUGCACUGGUAUUCCAUUUAUCAUCUUCAUGAUUGCAAUCACUCCAUCGAGGAGAAAUAUCCACCCGUCUAGGCUGCAAGAAUCUCAAUGGAGUUGCAACGUUCUUAGUUCUAUCAUAAGACUCUUGUGUGCAAAAUUCACUAGGCAUAUACAUAUAUACAUAUAUAUACAUAUUAUAUAUAUAUAUAUGUAUAUAAUUACUACGAUCCCAAUUAAAAUCGCCAGAGCU